GAGGUUAUCUAACCAACAGAUAGAUAUUUCAUAUUGUAAUCGUACAAGUUGUUAUGUUAUCCAAAGUGACAGUUAAUAUUAUUAGGAGAUCGAUAUGUUACAGUACGCGUACGCUUUGUCGCUUACGAGAUCCUUUACAAUCGAAUCUCUUAUUGUGCAGCGAUGAUGCAAAACAGACUAGUGUACAAAAUCAUUGUCAUUUGUACAUAGCAAAAAGAUUCAAGUCCAAGAAGAAAACUGUUAAUAUUAAGAAAGAUAAAAAUGAGGAUUCUGAUGAGGAAGAAGACAAAGACGAUGAGGAGGAAGCUCCUGUAGGUUCAAAAGUUAUCAAAAUAAGGGCAGCUUCUAUUCGUUUAGAUGCCAUUUCCAAAGCUGGAUUUGGAAUGGCUCGCAAUAAAAUUGAAGAGGCCUUUUAUGCAAGCAAAAUUCGUAUAAAUGGAAAUAAAGUAUUAAAGAAAUCUAAAGAGAUGAAAAUAGGAGAUGAAAUCGAUUUAAUUUUACAUCAAAGUGUGGAUAAUCCUGGACUGCUAGUUGUAAACAGAAUUAUGGUGUUAUCAAUGGAUCCUGUAAAUGAUGGUAUACAAAUAAAAUUAUCUAUAGAAAAAAAUUUAUUAAUUGAAGAUUAUGGGGAUCCAUAUUUAUAAUCUGAAGUUGAAU